GGCUUCCACCAGAGCACCAAGUCAGGCUUCGAAGCUGAUUCUCAGAGCUCCGCUCCCUCAGCACCAUGCCCUACAGCUGCUUCCUGCCCGCCUUCAGCUGCCGCUCCAGCUGCUCCUCGAGGCCCUGCGUGCCCCCCAGCUGCCACGGCUGCACCCUGCCCGGGGCCUGCAACAUCCCCGCCAACGUGGGCAACUGCACCUGGUUCUGCGAGGGCUCCUUCAAUGGCAGCGAGAAGGAGACCAUGCAGUUCCUCAAUGACCGCCUGGCCAGCUACCUGGAGAAGGUGCGGGAGCUGGAGCGGGAGAAUGCGGAGCUGGAGAGGCGCAUCCAGGAGCGCAGCCAGCAGCAGGAGCCGCUGCUGUGCCCCAGCUACCAGUCCUACUUCCGCACCAUCGAGGAGCUGCAGCAGAAGAUCCUGUGCAACAAGUCCGAGAACGCCCGGCUGGUGGUGCAGAUCGACAACGCCAAGCUGGCUGCCGACGACUUCAGGACCAAGUACGAGAGCGAGCUGUCCCUGCGGCAGCUGGUGGAGUCGGACAUCAACGGCCUGCGCCGCAUCCUGGAUGAGCUGACCCUGUGCAGGUCCGACCUGGAGGCGCAGGUGGAGUCGCUGAAGGAGGAGCUGAUCAGUCUCAAGCAGAACCAUGAACAGGAGGUCAACACCCUGCGCUGCCAGCUCGGGGACCGCCUCAAUGUGGAGGUGGACGCCGCGCCCUCCGUGGACCUCAAUCGCGUGCUCAACGAAGUCAGGAGCACCUACGAGGCCGUGGUGGAGACCAACCGCAGGGAGGUGGAGGAGUGGUACACCACACAGACCGAGGAGCUGAACAAGCAGGUGGUGUCAAGCUCGGAGCAGCUGCAGAGCUACCAGGCAGAGAUCAUUGAGCUGAGACGCACGGUCAAUGCCCUGGAGAUCGAGCUGCAGGCCCAGCACAACCUGAGGAACUCCCUGGAGAACACGCUGAACGAGAGCGAGGCCCGCUAUAGCUCGCAGCUGGCACAGGUGCAGCACCUGAUCAGCAGUGUGGAGUCGCAGCUGGCAGAGAUCCGGAGUGACCUGGAGAGGCAGAACCAGGAGUACCAGGUGUUGCUGGAUGUGCGGGCACGGCUGGAGUGUGAGAUUGACACGUACCGGGGGCUGCUGGAGAGCGAGGACUGCAAGCUGCCCUGCAACCCCUGUGCGACCACCAACGCCUGUGACAAGCCUAUUGGACCCUGUGUCGCCAACCCUUGCAUUUCCCGGUCCCGCUGUGGGCCCUGCAAUACCUUUGGGUGCUAGGUAGCCACAGCCAGCAGGAGGACUGCAUGAAGCCAGAAAAACCCCGGGGAACUGCUCGACCUCCCGACUCUGCGUCCAGCCUCAGCAUGAGUCACAUCCUGCAGGGUGGACAGGUACCUAGCACUGUGGCCUGGCCCCCCUUGAGCUGCCUGGCUUUGGCUGAGCUGUGCUGGGGCCUCUGAGGUGCAUCGUGGUUCCCUCAGCUGUUGUGGCUCUUCUGCUCUUCCCUACACCUCCCAAUAAACUCUCCUCUUGCAAACAGA